AUGGAGCACGCAAACCUGAGGGAACUUCGCGCCGCUGCAGCCGGUCUCGUCGCCGGUGCGUCAGCUUGCCCCGAGGAAUCCAACCCUCCAGGCGACGCCGUAGACUCGCCGUCCUCUUCGGCGUUUUGGAGCAAGCAGGGACGACGAGCGCCUCGAGGGUCCGUGCCGAAGAACGUGAUUUCUUUGUGUCAGCAGCUCGGCGUGUGGGAAGAAGAGAGAGACAACCUGACCCAGCUGGAGGCGGAGCUCAGGGCUGUGGAGACAGCCAGAGGGAGAGGCGAAGACUCGUCAAAAAGUGACAGUCCGAGAGAACAGCGGUGCGCGCGAGAGAUAGAAGAAGAGGGAGAAGCCGAGCACGCGCGCAGUGGACAACAUGGAGAAAGAGGAGAGGUGAACGGGGACGAAGGCCGAGGCGGCGAAAAAGAAAGGAAGGAGAGAUCCAGGGAGGGCGGCAGAGAGAGAGAACGCAGCGAGGAGGAAGAACUGAUUCUUUUGUUGCAGCAGGAACGCGAAGAGGCGCAAGACAGGCUAAGAGCUGUUGAAGAAGCGAUCGAGAAAGUGGCGCUGAUGCCAGAGGAAGAGAACAAAAACGCGAAUGUGGCGAUCGUGGAGAUCCGCCCCGCCGCAGGGGGCGAAGAGGCUCAGCUCUGGGCGACAGAUCUCGCCGAGAUGUACACGCGUUUUUUCGAGCUCCAGAAGACUUGGAGGUUCGCUCAACUCCAGCUGGCGGGGCCGAACGCGGGCUCCAAAUCUCCCGCUUUGCAGCGGCGAGACGACGCGGCGCCUGCGCGGCGCAAAUCGCGUGCAGGCUCUUCUCGGCCAACCUCGAAGGAAGAAGAACGGAACGCCGUCUCUGGCGCUCUCGGCGGCGUCACCUGCAUUGCCUUCCGAGUCGAGGGCCCCGGGGUGUACAGACAGCUGCUGAAGGAGAGCGGCGUGCACCGUGUUCAGCGAGUGCCUCGCACUGAAACUCAGAACUUCCAAGGCGUGGCGCUCGACGAAGCAGACCUCGUUAUUCGCACGGCCCGCUCGUCAGGCUGCGGCGGCCAGAACGUCAACAAGGUCGAAACCGCCGUCGAUCUCCUGCAUGCGCCGACCGGAAUUCGCAUCUUUUGUCAGCAGGAGCGGACCCAGGCCGCAAACAAAAAGGCUGCGAAGGAAAUUCUGCUGAAGAAGUUGGCCGCUCGCCACGAAGAGGAAGUCGUCCAGCAAAUGCGAGAAGAACGGCGAGAGCAGGUCUGCUCGGGCCUGAGAAGUGAGCGCGUGCGCACCUACAACUUUCGAGACGGACGCGUGAACGAGCAUCGCCUGACCGGCGGCGAAGGCCUCUUCGCCUUGAAGCCGAUCCUCGAGGGGCAAUUGCAUGCGCUGCAUGCGCGGCUGGAUCGGCAAGAAGCCGAGCAGCGUGUGCGGCAGAUGGUCGCGGAACUCAAGGCCAAGGAAGCGAGCACGCGCAAGGACGGGAGGUGA